AUGUCCAGGAGAAGAAAAUCGUACUUCUCAACUUGUACUUGUCAACUGAACGCCGAUCUGCGCAAGCUAGCUGUCAACAUGGUGCCUUUCCCGCGACUCCACUUUUUCCUGUCCGGCUUCGCGCCCCUGAUAUCCCAAGCCAACAAAGACUUCAAUGGGCUCACAGUGCCCGAGUUGGCCCACCAAAUGUUCGACUCGAGAAACGUUAUGGCCGCGUGCGAUCCUCGCAACGGAAGAUACCUGACGGUGGCAGCGAUUUUCCGGGGGCAAAUAUCUAUGAAGGAGGUGGACGACGAGAUGUUGAACGUCCAGAACAAAAACAGUUCGUAUUUUGUCGACUGGAUCCCAAACAACGUGAAGACCGCCGUGUGCGACAUACCGCCCAAGGGGCUCCAGAUAUCGGGUACCUUCCUCGGGAACAGCACCGUCAUUCACGAGCUCUUCAAACGCGUGUCCGAGCAAUUCGCGGUCAUGUUCAAGCGCAAGGCCUUCCUUCACUGGUUCACCAGCGAGGGUAUGGAAGAGAACGAGUUUACCGACGCGCACGCCGACCUGCUCGAUUUGAUAGCUGAGUAUCAGCAAUACGAGACAAGCAGCGGCUCCGAGGCCAACGAUUAUAAUGUGGCUAACAUCGGCGACAUGAGUGCCAUCGAGGAGGAGACGGACGAGGAGGUGAUUGUACAGGAUUGA